AUGCCCAGCCAUAACCAAUAUCUCUUCCUUCUAUCCUUCUCACUCACCUUUGGUAUCCUUCUGCUCGUCAGCUUCUGGGUGUCUGCUUUCCUUACUGCGAGAGAUAUUCACCUUCGGAACCUCAUUCUCAUCGGCCUACCUAAAGACCCGCAGCAUCCGGAAAUGGACGUUCAUUCAAUUCAGGACUUCAUUAAAACCUUCACUCAGGAGGACGCCAUUGCCUUGGUGCAGACACCAGCAUUCCUCGCUUCUGCAGGCUUGGCUGCAGUCGCCUUCUAUUGGCUGGCGUUCAGUGGUGAACGUAAGCCUGUCCUCAACCCCAAUGAGUGGAAAGAGUUUCCUCUUGUUCUGAAAACUCAAGUUUCGCCCAACACUGCCGUCUACCGCUUCUCUUUGCCUAGUAGUAAAGAUGUUCUCGGUCUACCUGUUGGCCAGCACAUCCAAGUUUCAGCGGAAAUUAACGGCAAGGACAUCAUGCGUAGCUAUACCCCUACCACUUUGGAUCAGUUUGACAAGGGUCAUUUUGACCUUCUCAUCAAGACAUACGAGAAAGGCAACAUCUCCCGUCAUUUCAGCCUUCUUAAGAUCGGCGAUCGCAUUCGUGUCAAGGGUCCCAAGGGCGCAUUCAUCUAUAACAACAAACUCACUGGUCACCUUGGUUUGAUUGCUGGAGGUACCGGAAUAUCACCCAUGUACCAGAUCAUUCGUUCUUCAAUUUGGGACCAUUCCGAUGCUACGACCAUUAACCUCAUUUACGCCAACGUUAACGAAGAAGAUAUCCUCUUACGCGACGAGUUGGAACACCUUCAUCACAACAGUGCUGGAAGGUUCAACAUCUUUUACGUCCUUAACAACCCUCCCCCUGGCUGGAAAGGUGGUGUCGGUUUCGUCACAAAGGAACAGGUUGCGCACUACAUGCCGAGCCAGGAUAAAGACUGUAAGAUUCUCAUGUGUGGGCCGCCACCCAUGAUGUCGGCCAUGAAGAAACAUCUCGAUGAACUAAAAUACCCUGCCCCUCGCACGGUCAGCAAGCUCAGCGACCAGGUGUUCUUGUUCUAG